AUGAAGACACGCGCGCGCAUCUUGGGCACGGACAGGGGCGCCUUGAGCGGCCGGCAGCAGCUGGAUCACCCACGUCGUGCCAGCCUGUCCGCUCCGCUCGCCCAGGACCACACCCGCAGCGCGUCCACGAUUCUGCGUCUCGCACCCACGCCCCAAGGCGUGGAUCAGGGUCGCAAGCGCCGGAGGGUUGCCGCCGAGGAGGUCGGAGGCUGGGCGUCGCUCCCCGGCGACAUAGUCCGCCUCGUGGCCGAGCGGGUGCUGAUCGCCGGCGACGUGGUGGACUACAUCAGCCUCCGCGCCGCCUGCUCCGACUGGCGCGCCAGCACGGACUCCCCACUCCUCGGCGCCCACCACUACCUCCCCGCGCGCGGCUGGGUCGCGCUCUGCGACGGCGACGCCGUGCGCCCGGACGACGCCCGCCAGGUCGCCUUCUUCAAGCCCGCCACCCGCCGCCGCCUCCGCGUCCGCAUCCGUGACCUCGCCGGCUACAGGGUCGUCGCCAUCAGCUCCGGCCUCCUCGUCCUCCUCCACAAGCGCUACAACACCGUCCGCGUCCUCCACCCCUUCUUCAACCGCGCCAUCCUCCUCGAGCUCCCCAGCAUCGCCCCCACUUUGCGCGUCCUCGGCACCGACCGCUACUCACUCCUCCGCAUGAACGCUGCCGUUCUCACCACCCCCACCUCCGCGACCACCUCCACCAUCGACGCCGUUGUGGCCUGGUUCCCGGGCCCGUGGUUCCUCUUUGCCAAGCCGGGCGACGCCGCCUGGGACGCCGUCACCCUCGACCUCGACAUCCAGAGCGUACUCGCCUUCCGCGGCCGCCUCUACGCCACCACCAUUACCUCCACCAAUAUCCUCCAGGUCUACCCUCGGACCAACAAGAAUACCUUCGCGGUGGACACCCCUAUCCCAGACGCGCUCGGUGAACCGGCGUUGUGCCGCUACUUCCUCGUCGAGUCCGGCGGCCGCAUGCUGCUCGCCGUCCGGCACCGUGUCACAAUCACCAGGGCGGCCAUGAAGGUCUUCGAGGUGGACCUCGACCGCCGGCGGCUGGAACCGGUUAGCGACAUCGGCGACCGCGCGCUUAUCCUCGGCCAUGACAGGUGCCUGUCCGUCUCGGUCAGGGACCUACCCUCCAUCACCGGGAACUCUGUGUACUGCUUCUCUCAGUACGGUGUCGAGUGCUUCUCUCUGGGCGGCGGCUCUGCCCACGUCGUGCCCUUCCCCGUCGCGGCAUUGGGUUCCGUGGGGCCCUUCUCCAUUGUCGAGCAUCUCGUCACAUACUGCAAUCAUGUUCAAUGGGCGAGAGGGCUCAUGUUUGAUGAGUAUCGUUACAUACCUGAUGACCAUCCCCUCAAGGCGAAAAUAAGGAUGCAAGAUAAGCAGCUGCGUAUUACAACCAUUACAACUGGUGUGCCGAAGAAGAAGAAGAAGCCGAGCGAACCAUCUCCUGCAACUUAGCACGGUAUUUUUUUUCUUGAGAUGAACUUAGCACAGUACUAGCUAUGGGUCUAACGUACAAGUGUGAAAAUAUGAACAGUUAAAACUAAUUAGAAGAACUGAGGCCAGAUUAAGAGCCCAAAACUCAUAUAUACAUCUAUACUAUGAAGCAAUUAUAUUCAUACAUAUUCAGAAGGUGUCCUUAACCAUUGCUGCUCGAUCUUGCAUCAUCAUUUUUCCACUGGACCUACGCGUCAGCAUUCCUCCCACCAAAGACGGUGUACAGAUGCGGCUUCCUACAUGGCCAUGGACCAUGGAUCAUGACCCCUCGCAAUUGUUCUGGGGCGGUCCCACUGUUUUUCCGUUUUUGUUUUUAAUUUUUUUAUGAAGUACAAAAAUUCAAGGUAUAACCAAAAUUCUCCCACGGUAUGAACUCCAGAAACAUAUACAAAGGUAUAACUGAAAAAGGGAGUACAAAAAUACUUAGGAAUUUUGGUUUGCAUCAAUCUUUAUGAUUGAGAAUCAAUAGGAUAUCGUUGGUACUUAUGACAAUAUUGGUGUUUUCUUCUUUGCUAAGAGAUAUUCAUAGGAAUGCCCCUCGCAAUUGUUCUUGCUCAUAUAAUUUUGUAUCAGUCCACGCAGGUUAUUCAAAUUCACACAUCAUUAUGAAAUUAAUCACUUUUUUUCUCCGGAGCUAUAUCACAAUAAAUUGUUCAAAAUAUUUUGAAACAUCUGACUUGCUUAUAUUCGCUUCCACAAUCCCGAGAAAGAACUCCCAGAGUCAUAAUUCUUCCACCAAUUCAAGUGAUGUUUCAAUUUUAAAUAUUUUUUAGUGUGAUAGAUCUUAUUCUUAUUUGUUUUCAAUCUGCAACUUGUUUUAUUUUCUAUUUCGUAUGCCAGAGUAAAAUGAAAGAUCAUCAAUGUCGUCUUUCUAGGGCUAACUUGUAGGGUUCUUAUUUAUUUAAUUAUUGUUCUCCUGUUGGACUUCAUUUCAGGCUUGUCGGAUAGAUUUCAUACCCUGUCCUCCAUAUCGAGGACAUGAUUUGGAAAUUAAACUUGGACGCGAUCCAAUAUUAUAUGAAAAUAAAAAUGCAUGAUUAGAAUUUGCGGAUAUGCAUCGAGAAAUUUACCCAAACUCGGCACGAUUCUCGCGAGGCAAGUUUACCCAUUCAAAAGUCUAAUAAUAUAUAGUGUUCACUAAGAAUCCCAGGAGUAUCUAAUGGUAUCAUAUGUUUCUUCCGCCUAUAUAGUCUGCUUAACAUGCGCAAGCCUCAUGAGGUGAUAUGUGACAAGCAUGAUAGAAUAUAUGUCUUACAAUUUUGUUUACCUAUCCCAAUACUAAGAAAGAUCAAAAGUUUUCUUGACACCAGAUAAAAUAAAUGAAUGAUUGUUGUCAGAUGACUGUUACAACCGUUUUUAGAAUUAUGCUUUGAGGACACAAAAAAUUAUUACAACACUACUACACAAAAUUUUAGCACACAUGGUACGUGAAUCUUGUAAAAUUGUGUAGGAUGAAAAAAAUAGACCUAACAACGUCGCCGCCUCACUCACCAUCAGCACCCGCCAUCUCUUAUUCAUCCUUGUCCUCAUACCAAACAAAGCCUUGCCACCGUCGCAACAGUCAUCACCGUCGCAUGAGUCAUUUGUGCCCACUUCAAUGAUGAUUUCGAGGACCCCAACCCAUUAAGUGUCAAGUCGGUGAAGAGAAGGUGACACUUGGCUAUAUGUGAGAAUGAGAAGGCGGGUGGUCGACCCCGUACGCAACAUUAGGGAUGAACUAGAGCGGGUGAGGCAAGUCAAUGCCGAAUCUUUGAGAUGUGGGCAAUGUAGCAAAGAUGGGAAGACAAAUUGGGGAAGAUCAACAGAUAAGAUAAAGAGACGCUUUGGUAGGAUAAAGAAUGGGAAGAGGAUACGACGAGGAAAAAUAAAACAUGCAUGGGAAUAAGGUUAGAAAAUGUAGUCGCUCCAUUAGUGAAACAUAGAAACCUUUCGAUCAAAAUGCCACUUAAACUUCUCCAUGCUCUGUGACAUCACAUGCUUUUUUAAUGGUGUUAUCAAUGAAAUGUUGAAAUAUUAGGUUAAUGUUUACGCAUGCAGCCAUAAAAAAACUUGAUGACCGAAGUUAAGGCAUCGGCAUUCAGCGCUACUUAUAACUAUGCGGCAUAACUAUUGGCGGCUAUAUAUAUCAAAGCUUGCGCCACUUCAUCCUAUUAUUUAUAUGCAUGUAUUGUUACUCGCACAAUUAAAAGGAGAAAAAUUCUCUGCAAAAAGAUAAGUAUUUUCGUAAAACCAGUUCCAUAACAGAACAAUGUUCACCAAAAGUUAGAAGAAAACACACGGACAUAUCAUGCAGAGUCACGUAAGGAAAGACUAGGGGUUUGAUUGUUUGGAAGUGGUGUUUUGAAACAUGAGAGCAUAUGUUUUCUCUAUUUUGAAAUGCAUCUUAAACAUAUUUUGAAUUUAGAAAAAUUAAAAUAAAAAAUUCUCGCACGUAUAUUGAUGAGGACAUCCCUACUACACCAUUACCUCCGUCAUUGAUUAAUGAAGAUGAACCUGCUGUGAAGCUCAAGUCCAAUGAAGUUCGGAUUGGACCAAUUACAAGGGCUCGUGCGAAGCUACUUAAACAACAGGUGAACUUGUUUCU